UCGUCUGUGUCAUCAGGUUUAACUGGACCAUCAGCUGACCUAUUAAGGACAACCAGCCCCGAUGGUAUAGGUUCAGAGACUACUGGUUCCUCUCCUGGGUUUUCUAAGUCACCUGUGUCAGCUCUUGAAGGCUUAGUGACAAGGAGAUUAUCAACUGGUGAAUCAGAGACUACUGGACCUUCCUCUGGUCUCUCAUGGUCAACUGGAUCACUGUCUGAGGUCACCACUGAUGCAGAAGGAAUUUUGCCUCCAGGAAGUGAGGUUACAUCUGAAGGUACAACUAAAGAAGAAUAUGGAGAAACCACUAAAGCAGGUGAAAGAAUGGCUAGAUUAAUCACACCUGGAAAAUCAGGUUCCACAGUAACUCUUCCUGGCUCAACAACUGUACUAGGAAGUCCCACUACUGGUACCUCCAGUGAAGCUCCUGAAACAACCGCUGCUCCUGGAAUUUCCACCACAGGCUCCUCAACGUCAGUUGGAAUCACCGAAAGCUCCCAUGUGUCCCACAAAGAAACCACCGUAGAAGCAACAACAGAUAAAAAAACUAAAAAUCAAACAGCAUGUCUUCAACCUCCAGUUUGUCGCGGUCCACUGGGAGAAAGGAAAUCUCCUGGAGACACAUGGACUGUCAAUUGCCACAAAUGCAAGUGUACGGCUGCAAAGACUGUAGACUGUAAACGCAAGCGGUGCCCUUCUCCACCCAAGUGCAGAACCGGAGAGCGGCUUAUAAAGUUCAAAGCUGAUGAUACCUGCUGUGAAAUUGGACGCUGUGAACCAAGAACGUGUUUUUUUAACAAUACUGACUACAGGAUCGGAGCUUCAUUUAAUGACCCUACCAAUCCAUGCGUCUCCUAUUCCUGCCGCCACAGCGGCCUGGUCACCCUGGUCCAAGCCUGUCCAAAGCAGUCCUGGUGUGUAGAGGAAGACAGAAUCUAUGAUGCAAGAAAAUGUUGCUAUACAUGUAACACAAAAUGCAGGACUUCACUCGUGAAUGUGACCGUCAAGUACAACGGUUGUAAGAGAAGAGUCAGGAUGGCCAGAUGCACGGGGGAGUGCAGAACCACCAUCAGCUACAAUUAUGAAAUCUUCCAGUUGGUAAAUUCGUGCCAUUGCUGCCGAGAAGAAAAGUAUGAGUUCAGACAAAUUGAGCUUGACUGUCCGGAUGGCGGAGUGAUACCUUACAGAUACAGGCACAUCACGACGUGUUCUUGCUCAAACAUAUGCUCAACAAUGAGAUAAUGCUAGCAUUAACUUUCCAGUAGGAACAGGCCAUAUUUAUUUUAUGAGUGAACAGAAAUAACCAUUCAUUAGUGAGAGUAGCUAAGCAUUCAUAGCUCACUCAAAAAGUGAGUUAUUAUUGUAAGGUAUUUUGUUCUCUUGUUGAUUGGAUCUAAAAAAUAAAUACAACUUUGCAAGCAA